UUGUUUCUUCUCGUACAUUGCGAGAUAUCUAGAUUACUAUUUUCAGCACAAGGUACCAGUGACGGGUUAAUUUCCAAUAUUAAUGAACUUAUGAAAAAAGUGAUAUUUUAUACAUUUUUGGUGUAAUUGAAAGUUUGUUUUAAUGCAGUUAUUUAGAAUUUAGGUAUGUGCCAUUUGUAUUCUGUGUUUAGGCAAAAUAUUUGUUUGUUACGAAAAUGAAGGAGGUGGUAGAAAAUCAGCAGAUGAUGGCGGUGGAGAGCUGUUUGUGCAUCUCUCAUUUCCUGAUCUUGGGAGUCAUCUGAGCUCUGGAUGAUUGAAAACGGGCGUGAAGUUCCGCAGCAAAUAGAAGUGGGAUGGUCUGCCAUGCUUUGCUUGUAGGAAAUAUUAAUUUGCAGCAAUUUGCUUGCGGAUUCGAAUUCGUGUUGUGUUCAGUAAUCUUGAAACCGGCAGGCGAUAAGCCUGGGCACAGUAUUGAGUUGAGUUGAGUUGGGCGUGCAACAUAGGAGCUGUCAAGUUCAAUCGGUAUGGAUUUUAAUCGACAGUUUACACAGUUUUGGGAUAAAUGUUAUAAAGCAACACAGUGAAUUCUACAUAAUUAUUUUGUGAACAGUAUAAGCAGAAUUUACAGUGUUUUGUUGUGGUUUGGAAAACAGUGGUGUCUUUAUUUUAAGGCGUGCUUUAACUUUAGGGGGUAUUCUAAAUUUCGGCUUUUUGUGCAAUAAUCGGUGAUGUGUGAGUUAAUGCCUAGUGUGGAAUCUGAAGGCAACUUCCAGUAACCAAGUUCAUGAAAGGUGCAAGAUUGUUACAGUAACGUACACAUCAGAGACAACAUGUCUUCGGCUGCCUUUGUGGAUAGAAUAGAUCCGUUUGCGAAGCGCUCUCUGAAGAAGAAAACCAAGAAGUCGCAGGGUUCAUCAAGAUACAGGAAUUCCGCCGAUUUGGAAUUGCAGCCGCUCCCACUUCUUAAAGAUGUCCCAUCUUCAGAGCAGGAGGAGCUGUUUAUUCGCAAACUGCGACAGUGCUGUGUGGCAUUUGACUUCAUGGACCCAGUGGCCGACCUGAAGGGAAAGGAAAUAAAACGAGCUACUCUGAAUGAGCUGGUGGACUACAUUACAGCAGGCCGGGGUGUACUUACUGAGCCUGUUUACCCUGAGAUCAUCAGAAUGAUCUCAGCAAAUCUGUUUCGGACGUUGCCGCCCAGUGAGAACCCUGACUUUGAUCCAGAAGAAGAUGACCCAACAUUAGAAGCGUCAUGGCCACACUUGCAGUUAGUGUAUGAGUUUUUCCUACGGUUCUUGGAAUCCUCAGACUUUCAGCCCACCAUUGGCAAGAAAGUAAUAGACCAAAAAUUUGUGCUACAGUUAUUAGACUUAUUUGACAGUGAAGACCCUCGGGAGCGUGAUUUCCUUAAGACUGUUCUGCAUCGCAUCUAUGGAAAAUUCCUGGGGCUACGUGCUUUCAUACGCAAACAAAUAAAUAACAUCUUCCUUAGGUUUGUAUAUGAGACAGAGCAUUUUAAUGGUGUUGGAGAGUUACUGGAAAUAUUAGGAAGCAUUAUCAACGGCUUUGCUCUACCGCUGAAGUCAGAACACAAGCAAUUCCUCGUAAAGGUUCUGUUGCCACUGCACAAAGUUAAAUGUUUGUCAUUGUACCAUGCACAGCUGGCAUACUGUGUGGUUCAGUUCCUUGAAAAGGAUGCCACGCUAACUGAACCUGUGGUUAAAGGGCUACUCAAGUUCUGGCCUAAAACGUGCAGUCAAAAAGAGGUGAUGUUCCUUGGUGAGAUUGAAGAAAUUUUAGAUGUAAUUGAACCAUCACAGUUUGCCAAAAUUCAGGAACCGUUGUUCAGACAAAUUUCAAGAUGUGUCUCUAGUCCUCACUUUCAGGUGGCUGAACGUGCACUGUACUUCUGGAAUAAUGAGUACAUAAUGAGCCUGAUUGAGGAAAACAACCAUGUGAUCAUGCCAAUAAUGUUCCCAGCUCUGUACCGCAUCAGCAAAGAGCACUGGAACCAAACAAUUGUCGCUCUUGUGUACAAUGUGCUCAAAACCUUCAUGGAGAUGAACAGUAAGCUUUUUGAUGAGCUCACAGCUUCUUACAAGGCUGAGAGACAAAAAGAAAAGAAGCGUGAGAAAGAGAGAGAUGAGCUGUGGAAGAGACUGUCAGAGCUUGAAGUGAAUAACAAAGUAAAAAAGAAAUAACCCAAAUAAAACUGACCACGUGAUAUAUCUAAAUGAAAAAGUCAUAGAACUUUAUUUGCUGUUAUAUUUGUUGUGUGAUGAAAAGUGCGAUUGUCCGGACCCGAGGAUCUUAAAGUGAUCAUAUAAAAGUUACUUGGUCGAGAUAAUCUGUUUGAAGCAACAAAAACAGUGAGAGAAGAAUGGGGUAACGCAGCUGCCUCCGUGGUGCUGAACCAGGAUUACAAGGGUCAGAUUGUUUCACUUCUUGAACUUGCAGACGGAAUGAACCUUGUCAGUGAUUCAGUGGAUCGGGGCGGAAAGGAAGACAUCCCUGGUGGUAUCGUUGUUCACCUGUAAAUGUACCUCCAAAACCCAGUAAUUCUUAGCAGGUAAAACUGAGUAUCAAUGUGCAUACACCAAGUGCUACCAUUCUGCACAAAUUGUUGGCAUUUCCACCGACAGAAAUCUUAAAUAACAUUAACAUAUAUUAUUAUGAAAUACUGUAUAGUGUAUACUUAUUUGACGUAAACCGCUGCCAAAAAUAAUAAAAAAGAUAUGGGCAACAAAAAUUACCAUGUAUUUUAAGAUUUCAUUUGGCUGUUUAUAUAGUCAAGUCAUAAAUAAAUAUGAUUGAUAUUAACUCA